AACCCUAACCUAGUAGCUUUUGUGCCUAAGUGUAACCACACAUUAACCCAGUUCAUUAAUUUUUCCGUAACCGCUUAUCCUGUUGGGGGUCGCGGGGGGGCUGGAGCCUAUCCCAGCUGACAUUGGGCGAGAGGUGGGGUGGACAGGUUGCCAGAGCUGACACAUAGAGACAGACAACCAUUCAUGCUCACAUUCAGUCUGAUGGGCAAUUUAGAGUCACUAAUUAACCUAACCUGCAUGUUUUUGGAUCGUGGGAGGAAGCCAGAGUACCCGGGGAAAACUUACACUGACACAAGGGCUCCCCCACCCUGGGUUCAAACCAGGAACCCUCUUGCUAACCACUCUACCACUGUGCCGCCACAUUAACCCCAGCACUGCUAACACACAAAAGUUAAAUGUCCAUUGCCAACAUUUACACCAGCGACUGGCUUGUUCAUCCCCAUCUUUUUCUACGCGCAUGCAGUAUGUCCAACUAACUCUUACAUGACAAGAUUGAAUUUCAGCAGAAGACAUCCUGCAGCCAGCCUGGUGCAGGAACAACCUAUACUGUCUUUCAACUGGGGCCUUCCUCUGAGACAGUAAAUGCGGUGUGCAGCUGAUAGCUGUCUCUCCAUGUCCAUUGUGGAGUACAUAUGGGCACUGCAGAGGUGGGGCCAAGACAUUGCUUUGCAAGUCACAAGUAAGCCUGAAAUCUUCACACUCACUCACGUGACUCAAAGUAGUCAUGAAAAAGUAGUGCUGACAUUGCACUUUCAUGUUGCACUACCAGUAUCACAACAGAAUGAGUUUUGUAUGUUUCCGUCGUGUCUUGCUGUAUUUAACUCAUCUCAGAUUGGACAAAUGUCUCUAGCUUUCUCUUUCCAAAGAUGGUAUCAAGUAUUUUCAAGUCAAAAGGCUCAAAUUCAAGUGAAGUCACAAGAUUUUGGUGUUAAAGUCCAUGUCAAGUUGCAAGUGUUUUUAUGAUUUUAUUGAGUUUGAACUAAAAUUUGUGGCUUGUCAAAGUCAUGAGGCUUGAUGACCUUGAUAGUACAGCUCUGGAGAAAACGGGGUGGUAGUAAUGUCUCAAGGGACAGGCCAGUUUAUUAGUUACAGUCUUAGAUUAUUCAAUAAAUCAGAGAUUGGUGACAUUUUAAAGGAAACAAAGUGAGUGAUAAGACCCUCCUCCCUUUGAAACCAUACGGUAAAAAUACUGCCUAACACCCAUUGUCUCAACAUACCCAUUCUUCCCCAAAACAAUUUCAAUUGUGUAUGGUUUUUUUUUUUUCCUCCCAGUAGUACAUGAGCAAAGUUCACCUCGGGUAAAUCAAACACAUUUGCUGUCCGUACACUGGAUAAAUUAUAUAAAUCAUUUUCAGUUAAGAAGGAAUGCUGUCAGUGACACUGAAUUAGAUUUAAGCUCUACACUGACUUCUUUUUACUGCAACAAAUGUUUGUUCUACAUGGCUGUUUGUGUGCUCUCACUUUCUGUGGUCUUACAGUAGUCUUCUGUCAAUCAGCUGUCUUGCAAAUCUGAUUCACAAUUUUCUUGUUUUUGUCAGUAAGAAAGACAUUGCAUUGACUUAUAUUCAUUCUCUGGAGACACCCCCUAACCCCUAACCCCUAACCCUAACCCUAGCACACACACAAAAGCAUAUCAAAAUUUGAUGGUUUACUCUUUCAGUCCACACACACACACACACACACACACACACACACACACACACACACACACACACACACACACACACACACACAUUUAACAAGAUGCACAAUAUAAACAAAAUCUUACGGCUCUAUUUAAUUAUGAAAACAAAUUUAAGCUGCUAAAUUAAAAUUCUGUAUACUUGCAGUGAAAACACUAUUCAAAUGUGUAGAAAAGCAUGUUGAAAGACAGCACAGCAGAAGGGUUAAUGUCUUUACUGGCACAUAGCCAGCAACCAACACUCUAAAGGGCAUUAGUGGACACCCUACAUCAGUUCCUUCCCUCACAGCUCCCGUUCACCUCAAUCAUCCUGUCUGCUACUGGAGUAAGAGAGCCGGAGACAGGGAGAAAGAGAGAGUAUAUGUUUUUGUUCUGGGACAGAAAGGCGUUCUCCUGCCUCAGGAUGUUGCCUUUAAAGCUGAAGAAGUGGGUUUCCUGUGGAGGAAACGAUCACAGAAUAGAGGAGGCUUGGUCGAGACACCGUGUUCCCAGCAUUUUUUGAGCACAGGUCACCCAGCUGCGGAGCGGGCAGCACGCUUUUGUGGAACAAAGUCAGCCUCACAGGCUUGAGAGGGUUGUGUUCCCUAAUGGAUCCUGGAUGCCUUGAAGACUGGUUGACUGAUAGCACUCAAUCCAAGUCUGAGCUUUUCUACAGGAGAAUGCAUUUGUGAAUAUUAUGCAAUGGACAGAUAACAAGUGGAUGCAUCAAACUGUUAACUUUUGCUUUGAGUGAAUGAAUGGGUUUUUCCACACCAGCUCAUCAUCCUGCAAGUGUCAAUCCAUGUCUGAGUAAGGCCACCUCUAGUUUCCCAUGUCAGGUGCUUGACCAGCAGAGACAUGUCCAAUGACAGCUGCAACCUCCCGUUGGACACGGACACAUUUGGCCUGACCUGUAUCUAUGGCCUGAGCUUCUCAUUGGGUCUCCCCAGCAACCUGCUGUCUCUCUGGGGACUGUACCACCUGGGUCGCUCAGGUGGAGGAGGCUGCCAGCUGGUCUACAUCCUCAACCUGCUGCUGUCAGACCUCCUCCAGUUGCUCACCCUGCCACUGUGGAUCCUUUAUCUCCAAGGUGCACACCGCUGGCCAUAUGGGCAGCUAACCUGUGAGCUGGUGGGCUACGUGUUCUACGUAAACGUCUAUGCCAGCGUCAUGUUCCUAUGCCUGAUAGCGCUGGACCGCUGCCUGGCUAUCGUGUACCCGCUGAGCAGCCGCAGGGUGCGGACUGUCAGGGUGGCAGCAGUGUCCGGUGUGGCGGUUUGGAGCCUCACCUUCCUGUUCUGCCUGAGUGGGCUGCUGCCAUCAGUGUUUGAUGCUGACAGACUGCUGUGUCUGGAGCAGUACCCCGUCAGCCCCAGAUACGCCCACUUCAAGAUCACCACCGUGGCCCUCGGCUUCCUGCUGCCAUGUGCCAUACUCGGCUACACCUCAGCCCACAUCGGGGUGACUCUCCGGCGAUCCCCCUCCCUCUCUGACCACGAGCGGCACAAAAUCGUAGGCAUCCUAGUCGUGAUCACUGUCAACUUCAUUGUUGUGUUUGGACCCUAUCACCUUGUGGGCGGAUACAGAUUUGUGUCCUUGCUGCUGACUGAUGAGCCGUGUGAAUUUGAGCGUUCCAUUUUCCUUGUCUAUCGCCUGUGCUACGGUCUAACCAGCCUCAACACCCUGCUGGAUCCCCUCUUCUACAUCUUCCUGUGCCCUGACGCCAGGCUGGAGCUGCAAAGAUCCCUGCCCUGUUUGGGGAGAGGGCAAAACACCCGCAAAAAGAUUACCCUCAAUACCAGAGCUCGCCCAGACAACCAGACGGAGAGUGAAACUGGACAUAAUAGUCUUCUAGCAAUAUGACUUGGACUUGACCACAGAGCUGGGAUUUGGUCAAAGCAAUUGUGCCACCCAGUGGAAAUGCAGAGUGUGUUUCAGCUCUCGGUGAAGACACUCAUUUCAGAGAAUUUCAGCCUCAUCAGCAAAAACACUUCCACUCAGUUUAUAGUUUCUCUCGCUGACUUGAACCGUUUCUUAACAUGAACUCAACACUAUAUAACUGAGUAGAGACAUUGUUUCAUAUUUGUCAAAAGAUCCACUCUUUUGUAAUAUCCAUACCUAUCCACUGUAGCCUCAAAGCAGACAUAUACAGCCAAAUUCUGUCUUUUACUACAUCUGCUUUUGGUUAAAAAGUCUAGCCAGUGUAUGGAAAUGAACCAUUGUGGACAUUUUACAGUCAAACU